GAGAUGUCGCCGGCGCCGGCGCCGGUGACCCCUCUCGUCUUCCACUGGUUCUACGCCAAGGCAGCGAGCUCGGAGUCCGAACAGCAGCAGCAGCAGCAGCAGCAGAAGCAGGAGCAGCAGCGCGCAGAGGCCGGCCGGCCCAGCGAGCCGGUCGACUGGCAGCCGUUCUCGCGGGGCGACUCGGCGCUACUUGAGCGCGAGUAUCAGGCCGGUACGGGCCGGCUGGUACCGGUGCUCGGCCGACGCUACGACGUCGACGUGUCGGCCCGCUCGCUGCUGCCCGUCUACUGGGAGUGCGCUCCCGGCACGGUGCGCCGCUGCUCCUGGUUCUCUCGCGGCGUGCACGAGGCCAAGUUCAUGCCCUAUGAGGAGCACGUGGCUGAAAAACUGGAGGAGAUAUACGAGGAGUCGUCCCGGACGGGCCAGUGGCACCGCGACGUACAGCUGGGGGAGGAGGGUUACGUGGUGCUGCACUCGCCCGGCUGCCUGGUCCACCACCCGGGCAUCACCCACGCCUGGGAGGAGGUCACCAUGCCGGACGACCCGAGCCGGCCGCGGCAGAUGCGGCGCGGAUGGAACACGGUCGAGGGUGCCGGCAUCCCGGCCGACGAGCCCGAGCUCGUCAACCACCUGGUGUUUGUCGUGCACGGCAUCGGCUCCUGGUGCGACCUCAAGUUCCGCAAGGUCACCGAGUGCGUGGACGACAUGCGGACGAUGGCUGCGGAGAUGGCGCGCUCCCACUUUAGCUCGGCUCUCUCCGCGGGCCAGCUGGGCCGGGUCGAGUUCCUACCCAUCAGCUGGCACCACGCGCUGCACGGCGCCGCCGGCGGCCUGGACGAGGCGCUGCGGCUCAUCACGCUGCCCAGCAUCCCGCUGCUGAGGGAGUUCACCAACGACACCAUCGUGGACGUGCUCUACUACACCAGCCCCAUCUUCUGCCAGGUGAUCCUGAAAACGGUGGGCGACGACAUCAACUCCAUUUACGGCAAGUUUUGCGAGCGUAACCCCGAGUUCCGCGGCUCUGUGUCGGUGGCCGGCCACAGUCUGGGCUCGCUCAUCCUGUUCGACCUGCUCUCCAACCAGACCGGCGAGGCGCCAGACGCGGAGCCGUCGUCGGAGAGCCCCGAGGAGGGCCAGCUGUCGGAGGAGGAGCGGUACACGGCUCUGCUGCGCGCCCUCAGCCUGGAGCAGCACGGCGACACACUGCGCCGGGCAGAGGUGACCGACGUGGCCACCCUCCGACUGCUCACCGACCAGGACGUGGAGGAGCUGGGGCUGCCGCUGGGCGCCCGCCGCCGACUCCUCCACUGGAGGGACAAGGCCAACAAUAAGCCGGGCGUGGACACGGUUACCGUCUCGUACGACACGAACACGGGACAGCCGGCCAUGCAUUACCCGCAGCUGGCCUUCAGGCCGGCCUGCUUCUUCGGCAUGGGCAGUCCCAUCGCGCUGUUCCUGCGUAUCCGCGGCGUGAGCCAGCUGGGCGCUGAGUUCCGUCUGCCCACGUGUGGCAGCGUGUUCAACAUCUACCACCCGUUCGACCCGGUCUCGUUCCGCAUCGAGCCGCUGAUCGACGCCGCCAACGUGCGCCGGCGGCCCGUGCUCGUGCCCCACCACAAGGGACGCAAACGCAUGCACCUUGAGAUCAAGGAGCAGGUGGUUCGGAUGGGCACAGAGCUGAAGCAGCGGCUCAUGUCGUCUCUGCAGAGCACCAUCGGCUCCGUGUACAGCCUGGGCUGGAUGUCGACCACCGAGACCUCUGCCUCGGUCACUGCCGACAUGGACACGUCAGAGGAGACGACGGACGGACAGCAGCAGCAGUCGACCCAGCAGCAGCAGCAGCAGCAGCAGGAGCAGACGGGGGAGCCCACAGGACCGGUGGGGUCGCUGAACGGAGGCCGCCGCGUCGACUACGUGCUGCAAGAGCGGCCGUUCGAGUCGCUCAACGAGUACGUGUUCGCCUUCCAGAGCCACCUCUGCUACUGGGACUCUGAAGACACGCUGCUCAUGAUUCUGAAGGAAACUCUGCGGGAGUCGGGUAUCGAGGCUGACAAAGUGCUGAAGACGGAGUCGUCCACGGAGGCGGAGCCAGCCGCCGCCAGCAGUACCUCGGAGGCCGCCACGGGUACAGUCACCGCCCCCGCUGCCGCCCCCGCCGCUGCCUCCGUGUCCGCCCCGACCCUGUCCGCGCCCCCGGUGGCCCCCAUACCUGUGGUGGUGUCGGAGGCCGGCCCGGUGGAGGACGUACCGCUCGUAGCAGCCGGCGUGCCCGGCCCGCCCGCGCCGGCCGCCCCCGCCCCCGCCCCCGCCGGGGCGCGCUCGGUUGGCGGCCGGCCGCUGCAGCUGCCGCCGGCGGCCGGCGGCCCCGUCGGCAUGGACCCGACCGUGGAGAGGAAGGAGGGUGCCGCGCCGCCGCCGCCGCCGCCCACGGCCGGCUUCAGGCGGAGCUAGCCGCCCCCGCCCCCGCCCCCGCCUAGCCGCCGCUCUAUGUGCCUGCGAAAUGACUGCGGUGGAGCCGUAACUGUAGUGCCUGGGACGCCGUGCGGGUAACGGUAGCCGUGUGUAGCCAGUGAAGCCGGUUUGUGGGACCGUUUAUGUGUUGUGGGGGUUGUGAGGCUGACUGCCGUGCUGACUGGAUGCAUGUUUCCGAACCAUGGCCCGCUCCAGUCUGAACUUAUCGUGAGGCUGUGCCGAACCGCAAACUGGCCAACAACUGACGACGCCAAGCCGUGAAACAUGGCCCUUGUAUGUAUGUUUCGCUACUUUGCAUGGGUCAUGGGGUGUUAGCGAUGGGGUGUUAGCGGUGCUCAAUUUUAGCACCGGGCAGAUAGCUGCAAGCUUAGGGCGAUUUAUACGUGUGGGCAGAUAUCGUGUCCCGUCCAAGGUGUGAAUACCAAAGCAAAUUCUUGAGCAAGCCUGCUUGCCAUGAGUCCAUAUGGUAGUUGCUCGUAAGCCGCAUAUCUACCUGAAUAUUCUAAUAUUUAUGUUUUCAGAACGGAUUCCAACGUCACCCGUUUGUUUUGCCGUAUCCUGGACUGUGGGUCCGCUGUCCCGUGCCCUGAUGUCACACAUCCCCGGUAAUCCCCGUUAUAUCAGUGGCGAGGUCCCUUUGGGAUUCAGGCUGACAGUCGGGAGUUCAGGACGUUCUGUUUGUCACCCGUGAGUCCCUGCAGGGGUCAGCUCAGCCACGGGGACAGUCGGGUCUCCCCAGGGCUCUCCCGGACUCCCAUCUGCAGAGUACCCCGGCCCGAGUCGGUGGGGAUACAGUUCAGCUCGCGGAUGGCCCCUGCCUCCGAAUGGUCAUAACAGCGAGUGGGGAGUUCUGAUGGACUGUGAAGUCACCGGACCGAACUAUACUAUGAACGUUGUUGAGUGAGAGCGUGCUGUUACCAGGAUAAUGCUGCCUAAAUGGGAAAGCCUCGUGUGUUUUCGUGGAUACAGAAGUGUGUAUUUUUGUCAGAAGCUUUUGAUACGCGAGGUUUCUGUAAUUUCAUAUAUUGAGGUAUGUGGUGCUUCCUACGAGGUGAAUUUGAGUGUACGGCUGUGCGUAGAUAUUUUAGUUGGUUUGCGUGACAGUGGCCCGUAGAAGCGUGCUUUAUUAAUUAGGAUGCUAACGGUUGACCACGGUUCGACCGUUGAUGUCAAUGCAAGGUAUCAGGUUGUCGAAGCAUAUUUAUCUGUAUGUGUGCAUAAUUAUAAUCCCGUAUUUUCAGCCAGUGCACAAAGUACCCUGGAUCUCCUGUGCUGGUCGGUAGUGCCCGUUUCUAUCGAUAGAUGACUGUAAUGUAUGCGUGACUGACUUGGGAUGGGUCUAUCCUGUUGUCUAUUCUGUUCAAGACAGUUAUUAUUUGACGCCUUUGUUUUUCUUUGAUGUUUUCUUUCAAUAAGCUAGGUCUGGACACACUUUUAUGGACGCCUGACGUUAAAUCACACAAAAAUCCCAAAGUCUUGUUGCGGUUGACGGCUCUGUAAGUCGCAUGCGUUGCUGCCACUGCGCUCUCCAAUACAAAUACUUUGAUAUUCUU